AUGGAGACAGUGGUUUUCUGUAUUUAUCUAUUUGCGGGGUUGGGUCUUUUAAGCAUGAUCCGCCAUUGUAUGACUUGGAGGAGUUACGAAAGAAGGUUGUUAAGUAAUAACAAUGACAUUAACAUGGUCGAAAUGGGAAUGUCGAAUGAAGACAUUGAAAAGCUCCCACAUUUCGAUUUCAAGAGGAAAAAUGAUAUGAUCAAAGGGAGUAGUAGUAGUAGUAAUAGCAAUAGUAAUAGUAACAGCAGUAGUGCAGAUUGUGCCAUUUGUUUGGAUAUUUUCGAUGUGGGAGAAAAAUGUAGGCUUUUGCCUCCGUGCGAGCACGUUUUCCACGCGGAGUGUGUGGAUUUGUGGCUUUUGAAGAGUCCAUUUUGUCCAAUUUGUAGGGCUAGAGCAGAUGUAAAAUGA